AUGACAUCUCAACAACUAUCUGCUUCGGGCCGCUCAAUGGUCAAAAAUGUCAUCUCUGCUGACACUGUCGUUCUUAGGGGUAAACCUGUCGGUGGUCCUCCUCCUGAAUUGGUCUUUUCCCUGUCGCAUCUGGUCGCUCCCCGCCUUGGUUCCAGCAAGGAACCUGAGAAGGAGGAGCCAUUUGCAUUUGAAGCUCGCGAGUAUCUUCGACGUCUAGUUGUAGGAAAAGAUGUUGCUUACAAGACCGAAUAUACCACCACUAGUAACAAUCGCAGCUUUGGUACUUUGAUCCUACGUGUUCCUGUCGACGGAGAAACAAAUGUGGCAAAAUUGUUGGUGAAGGAGGGCUGGGCCAAGAUCCGCAUGCGCGAUGGAAAACACGCACCUACAGACUCGCUGAACUGGAGAAAGAAGCGCAAGAAGCUAAAAAGGGAAUCUGGGCUGAAAAAUCUGAAGCAAAUUCGUAAGGUGUAUCAUACAUAUACUGGUGAAACUCGUUCAAUCAUUGACGACCUCAAAAAACAGCCUAUUCCAGCUGUUCUUGAGCAGGUUCGUGAUGGAUCCACAUUCCGCGUUCUAUUGAUUCUUCCCAAGGAUCAAGGCAAUAUCUACCAACACAUUACAUUGUCUCUUUCUGGUAUCAAAUGUCCCACCCUACGUAAAGAUAUUCCCAACCAAGAAGACAUCAUUGAACCCUAUUCAGAAGAAGCCAAAUACUUUGUGGAGUCGCGUUUACUUCAAAAAGAUAUUCAUGUGGUUCUUGAAAGCUUUUCUGGAACAGGCCCGUCUGCCUCAUUUGUUGGCUCAAUCAAAUUUCCUGCAGGAAAUAUUGCCGAAGCAUUACUCUCUGAAGGGUUUGCCAAAAUUAUUGGAUGGAAUUUGUCUGUUGUAAGUGGACAAGGCCACAUUGCAGCAUACAAGGCUGCCGAAGAAAAGGCCAGACAAAGACGAUUGCGUGUCUGGCACUCGUUUGUCAAAACUACGGACGAUGCACAGGGUGGAAAAGGAGCUAGCUGCGUUUUGGGUAACGAGUAUGAUGCCAUUGUGACAAAAAUCAUUGGUGCAGAUUUGAUUAUGGUUGAGCCUGUAGCCACACCUGGUAAAGAUCGAAAACUUCAGCUUGCUUCAAUCCGUGGACCCAAGCGAGCCAAGAACGAUGCUGGCUUUGAGGUUGGAUACAGUCAUGAUGCACAGGAAUUUUUACGCUCGAGAUUGGUGGGAAAUAAAGUUCAGGUGCGUAUUGACUACAUCAAAGCUUCCGAAGGCGAAUACGAACAGCGCGAAUGUGCAACCAUCACCCUUGCCAAUGGAACCAACAUUGGUGAAACAUUGGUGUCUCGUGGACUUGCUACUGUAAUUAAGCACCGUAAAGAUGACAACUCGAGAUCAUCGGAUUAUGAUAAACUUGUUCAAGCAGAGGAGAAAUCUGUUAGCGGAUCCAAAGGUAUGCACUCCACCAAAGAGCCGCCUGUUCAUCGUAUUAUUGACGCAUCAGAGAAUGCUGCCAAAUCUCGACAGUACUUGCCUUUUCUUCAACGCUCCAACCGUUUGACAGGCAUCGUUGAGCACGUUUCGAGUGGGUCCAGACUACGUAUAACUGUCCCUGCACAGAGUUGCCGUUUGGUUAUGGUUCUGAGUGGUAUUCGUGCUCCUAAAUAUGCUCGCAAUGCCAAUGAAAAAUCCGAGCCAUUUGGAGCAGAAGCUGCUGAAUUCGUUUCACGUUUAGUUAUGCAGCGCGAAGUAGACCUAGAAUUUGAAGGUGUAGACAAGGUUGGAGGAUUUAUUGGAACUGUUUUUUUCAAGCCUGCCAACAUUAAUCUCGCGGUUGCGCUAUUGGAGAAUGGACUUGCAACUGUGCAUGAUUACUCGGCAUCUCAGAGUCAUUAUACCAAUCAACUAUAUGAUGCUGAAAUUGAGGCCAAAAAUGCUCGGUUAAAUAUAUGGACAGACUAUGAUCCAGCAAGCGAAUUUGUCGAUGAAAAUAGACAAGAAUCGAAUGAUCUUACUGGUGGGGUUUCAAACCAGCAGUCGGGUUCAUUGGGUACAUCGGACAUGCGCGAGAUUUUUGUCAGCAACAUUUCUGCUGAUACUGGAUUAUUGCAUAUCCAAGUUCAAGGGUCUGAUCUCAUUAAACUAGAGCAGCUUAUGGUGAAAUUUUCUCAGUAUCAUUCCACUGCAGGUCAGCAAGCUAUUGCUCCAUUUGCACUCAAAGCGGGUGACUAUUGUUCGGCUCAAUUUACAGUUGAUAAAUGUUGGUAUCGUGCACGCGUGUGCAAACUUAAUGGUGCCAACUCAUAUACAAUCGUGUAUAUUGACUAUGGAAAUUCAGAAACCGUUCCUGGAAGUCGGCUGAGGGGUUUACCUGCACAAUUUGGAACAUCUAUUUUAAAGCCUCAAGCUGUCGAGGCACAGCUAGCCUAUGUGCAGCUUCCAGGUGUUGCUGCAGAUCAAUCUGCUUUUCUUGCCACUGCAACUAUUGAAGCAGGAGCAGAGUUUUCGGAAGAGGCUUUUGCGAUGCUGAGGGAUUUAACAGAGGGGAAGAAACUUGCAGCGCAGAUUGUGGGUCGUAGUACAGGAACACCAGCUGCAGGAACAAAAACGGGAUCAGUAGUGCUUAACCUUGUUGUGUAUGAUCUUGAACAAGUAAAGAAUCCGGCUAAUGGAGACGGAAGAGUCUGGUCAGUGAAUGAGCAGCUUGUGCGCGAAGGGCUCGCAUACGUUAGUCGCAACUGGACACGCAAGAUCGAGAUGGAACGUCGAGCAAAACAUAAAUCUGUAGGUGGAUCCUUGGCUGCUAUGAGUUUAAACAACACUGCUGUCGAUACCAGUGUUCUUGAGCAAAUUGUUGCAGCUCAAGAUAUAGCCAAGCAAGAAAGGGUGAGUGGUUUGCUUAAUGCUUUAACAACUAUGUAG